UCACCAUUUACAACAAAAGAAGACGACGUCUUACACAUAAUAGAAUUGAGAUGUAUGAAGACGUAGUACUACGAUAUUUACACGAAGAUUUCCACUCACAUUUCAGAAUGUCUCGUAGUAGUAUGGCUGUCUUAAUUAACAUUUGUGGUUUAUGCAAGGCCUCCAAAAAGAUUGUUGGUAGACCAGAAGUGCCUAUUUCUUUACAAUGUUUAAUUUGUGUGUGGGUUUUAGCCAAUCAAGAAAGCUAUAGAUCUAUUGGUGAUCGCUUCAAUGUCUCAAAGAGCUCCAUAUUUCACUGCCUAAUAAGAGUAUGUAAAAUUCUGAACAGCAAAGGUUCUGUAUUUAUAAAAUGGCCAAAAGGAAAUGAUGCUAUUAAAACAAUAGCUGGUUUCAAGAAAAUAAAAUCAUUUCCUGGAGUGUUGGGUGCUAUAGACGGGUGCCAUAUUAAUAUAUGUCCACCCAAGCACAAUUCUGCCACUUACAUCAAUAGAAAAGGCAGACCAUCUAUGAUAUUACAAGGCGUAUGUGACCAUAAUUGUAUAUUUACUGACUGCUUUGUGGGAUACCCGGGGUCGGUUCAUGAUGCCCGGGUUUUUCAACAUUCUACAGUACGUGUAAAAUGUAACGAUGAUGUACUUUUCCCACAAAGUUCACAUUUAUUGAGUGAUUCAGCCUACCCAAUACCCACAUAG